CUAUUUCCUUACAAAUCUGUGGAGUUGGAGGCAGGUUGUGACACGCUAGGCGUUGAAUGAUGAAGUUGUCUUUUUGAAAUGAAGGGUGUAUUAGUUAGAAGGAUUUAUCGUUUAGUAUUCUAUUCACUAAAAAAUCUAUAAUUUAGAAGAAUCUAGAUAAAAAAAUUAGUUGUCAUUCCUAGUUCACUCUACUUAAAGCUUAAGCUGUCUGUCAUUUCAUUUUUGUUCUAUUUAGGUUUUGUUUUUAAAAAAAACAUAACAAAUCCUCUGUUUUCUUUUAAUCAGAUCAUCAAAAAAACAUCUAGGUAAAUCUAUCUCCCCCUUUUCUCACAUUAGUUUCCAUUUUAUAUGCUUAUUAUUUUUAUUAGUUAUUAUAUUUACUUUUGAAGUUUUUCUGUCCAUAUUUUGAAUUAUCCUUUUAUCUAUAAGAACCCUGCCAGUGUGUGCGAGCGCUUCUGUUUUUGGUUCAAGGGUUUUAGGUUCCUUUUAGUGGGUUUUGGCCAUCUGGGUAGUUAUUACUUCGUCAAUCUUUGACUCUUUUAAUGGGUUUUAAUAGAUUUGAUCAUUAACUAAUAGAUUCAUUAUAGUAGUUUAUAUAGGGAUUUUUCUUGUCAGUUUUUAAAUGGCUAGAUUGAUUCUUCCAUGCAAAAGUUCCUGUCUUGCAAAGACCAGUCUCUUGGGUUUGAUCUCCUCUGCUCCUCUUCGAGCUACCGGUAGACCUAGUUGCUUUCAGAGUUCAGUGAGAAAUAUCUCGAAAUACAGAGGAUUCCUCAGUUCAGAGGUUGCCUUUCGAAGGAAGAACCGGUUUUCGUACCCAGCAUUAUAUAGAGAUAAGCAAGACAGAAGGAGGCUAAUUUGUGCAGUCGCCACAGAACCAUUACCCAAGCAAGUUGAAGAAUCCAAAAUGGACGCACCAAAAGAAAUCUUUCUCAAGGAUUACAAGUUGCCUGACUACUACUUUGAUUCGGUGGAUUUGACAUUUUUGCUGGGUGAUGAGAAAACAAUUGUUAGUUCGAAAAUAACUGUUUUACCCAGAGUUGAAGGUUCUUCUUCUCCGCUAGUUUUGGAUGGAGCAGACCUGAAGCUGCUUUCAGUUAAAGUCAAUGGUGAGGAACUGAAGAAUGGAGAUUAUCAUUUGGAAUCACGCCAUUUAACAAUCCUAUCACCACCUUCUGGUAAAUUUACGUUGGAAAUUGUUACUGAGAUAUAUCCCCAGAAGAACACAUCAUUGGAGGGACUUUACAAGUCAUCUGGGAAUUUCUGCACUCAAUGUGAAGCAGAGGGUUUCCGCAAAAUUACAUAUUAUCAGGACAGGAUCAGCCCUGAUAUAAUGGCAAAAUACACUGUCCGGAUUGAAGCUGAUAAAUCUUUGUACCCAGUAUUGCUAUCUAAUGGAAAUCUCUUGGAACAAGGAGACCUUGAGGGUGGUAAGCAUUAUGUUCUAUGGGAGGAUCCCUUCAAGAAACCUUGCUAUUUGUUUGCAUUGGUUGCUGGACAGCUGGAGAGCAGAGAUGACAUGUUUGUUACCCGUUCUGGUCGAAAUGUGUCACUAAGAAUUUGGACCCCUGCACAAGAUGUACCCAAGACAGCACAUGCCAUGUAUUCACUUAAAGCAGCAAUGAAAUGGGAUGAGGAUGUUUUUGGUCUUGAAUAUGACCUAGAUCUCUUUAACAUUGUUGCUGUCCCUGAUUUUAACAUGGGAGCCAUGGAGAACAAAAGUUUGAAUAUUUUCAAUUCCAAGCUUGUUUUGGCAUCCCCAGAAACUGCUUCAGAUGCAGAUUAUGCUGCUAUUCUUAGGGUUAUUGGCCAUGAGUAUUUCCACAACUGGACAGGCAACAGGGUGACUUGUCGUGACUGGUUCCAGCUCAGUUUAAAGGAAGGUCUAACUGUAUUUCGUGAUCAGGAGUUUUCAUCUGAUAUGGGAAGCCGCACUGUGAAGAGGAUCUCUGAUGUUUCAAAGCUUCGAAUUUCUCAGUUCCCACAGGAUGCCGGUCCUAUGGCUCAUCCAGUGCGACCACAUUCAUAUAUCAAGAUGGACAACUUCUACACAGGUUAGUUUCUGCUCUGUAUGACUUAUUCAGUCAAAGCUUCAUAUUUUGUUCAGUUUUCCUCCUUUCACGAGGCCAGUUACCUAAUUCUUCUGGUGGGUUUUCUUUCUUGUUUUUCUUCGUUGCAGGUGUAUGAAAAGGGAGCGGAAGUUGUCAGGAUGUACAAAACCUUAUUAGGGAGUCAAGGUUUCAGAAAGGGCAUGGAUCUUUAUUUUAAAAGACAUGAUGGUCAAGCUGUGACAUGUGAAGAUUUUUUUGCUGCCAUGCGAGAUGCAAAUGAUGCAGAUUUCGCUAAUUUCUUACAAUGGUACUCCCAAGCUGGUACACCUCUGGUGAAAGUUACUUCAUCUUAUGAUGCUGAAGCUCAUACUUUCACCUUAAAGUUCAGUCAAGAAGUACCACCAACGCCAGGGCAACCAGUUAAAGAACCCAUGUUCAUUCCUGUGGUGUUAGGGCUGCUCGACACAAGUGGCAAGGACAUGUCCCUCUCGUCUGUGUAUCAUGAUGGAGCAUUGAAGUCUAUUGCAAGUGACAGUCAACCAGCCUAUAGUACAAUUCUUAGAGUAACCAAGAAAGAGGAGGAAUUUGUUUUCUCUGAUAUACUUGAGCGGCCAGUACCUUCUCUAUUGCGGGGUUUCAGCGCUCCAAUCCGUCUUGAAUCUGAUCUCUCUGACAGUGAUCUGUUUUUCCUCCUUGCUCAUGAUUCAGACGAAUUCAACCGAUGGGAGGCUGGGCAAGUCUUGGCUAGAAAACUGAUGCUCAGUUUAGUCGCUGAUUUCCAACAAGGGAAACCAUUGGUUCUGAACCCAAAGUUUGUGCAAGGGCUAAGAAGCAUUCUUAGUGACUCGAACUUGGAUAAGGAAUUUAUUGCAAAGGCAAUAACACUACCAGGUGAAGGAGAAAUAAUGGACAUGAUGGAAGUUGCAGAUCCUGAUGCUGUUCAUGCUGUUCGAUCUUUCAUCAGGAAGCAGCUUGCAUCUGAACUGAAAGCAGAGUUUUUACGCACAGUCGAAAACAAUAGGAGCUCAGAAGAGUAUAUGUUUAACCAUCCUAACAUGGCCAGGCGUGCUCUAAAGAAUAUUGCCCUUGCAUAUCUUGCAUCACUUGAAGACCAGGAGUUAACUGAGCUUGCAUUGCAUGAGUACAAAACUGCCACAAAUAUGACCGAUCAAUUUGCAGCUUUGGCAGCCAUAGCCCAAAAUCCUGGGAAAACUUGUGAUGAAGUACUUGCUGACUUCUACACCAAGUGGCAGGAUGAAUUUUUGGUUGUGAAUAAAUGGUUUGCCCUUCAAGCCAUGUCUGAUGUUCCUGGUAAUGUUGAGAAUGUUCGGAGCCUCUUGAAUCAUCCAGCAUUUGAUCUGCGCAAUCCAAACAAGGUAUACUCACUCAUUGGAGGAUUCUGCAGCUCACUCGUGAAUUUCCAUGCAAAGGACGGGUCAGGCUACAAGUUCUUGGGGGAGAUUGUGGUGCAACUGGACAAAAUUAAUCCUCAGGUGGCAUCCCGCAUGGUAUCAGCCUUCUCAAGAUGGAAACGCUAUGAUGAAACCCGGCAAAACCUUGCCAAGGCACAGCUGGAGAUGAUCGUGUCUGCCAAUGGACUGUCAGAGAACGUAUUUGAGAUCGCCUCAAAAAGUUUAGCUGCUUAAAUGCCUAAACUUUGCAGGUUGCAGUUGUUUGUCAUCAGUGCUUGCGACGGUGAUGUGGGACAAUAAGUGUGUUUGGCACAUUUGCAAGUUCACCAUGAUAAGCAUGCUGUCCUCAUUAUGUCUCUUCCAUGGAAGAGACAGGAUUCUGUAACUUUCAAUACAUCUUUACAUGGAAUAUUUCGGAAAAUAAUACCCUGAUGAUGCUUUUUUCUU